CAAGUUAAGCGGAAAUAGAAAGCCUUCUUUUCUCUAUUUAAGCGCGCCAACAAAGACUUCAGAGAGGUCUGUUGGUCCAUCGUUUACUUCAUAGUAGACAGACAGAUUUUGUGUCUUCACGUUGUCUUUUUGUUAAAAUGCCUGAAGAAACAUCUACCGCAUUGGGCUCUGGGAGUGCGGAGGAGAAGCCGUGUUCUUCAACAGCAGCAGCUGCUGCAGACAGCUCAGUUGACGCGAUGGAGGAGGCAAAGAAACUGAUUGGCACAGGGAAAAGGCAUCUAGUGAUGGGGGAUAUUGUUUCUGCUGUCAAUGUCUUCCAGGAAGCUUGUGGCAUACUGGCUGCAAAGUAUGGAGACACUGCAGAUGAGUGUGGUGAGGCCUUCUUCCUAUGUGGGAAGUCACUGCUGGAGCUUGCCAGGAUGGAGAAUAGUGUUCUUGGUAAUGCCUUGGAGGGAGUCCCAGAAGAAUCGGAGGAAGAGGAGCAACCCAACAACCCAAAUAUUGAGACUGCAGACAACCUCGAUGAGAAAACUAGAGAUGAUCUGCGUAAGCAAGUUUAUGAUGCCAUGGCGGAGGAGGAAAAGACUGGAACUGCUGAUCUGAAGCAGGAGUCCAAAGAUGUGAUGAGGGAUGCUGAGGUGAAAAGGGAGAAUGAGGUCAAGGCCACAGUCGAACAUGGUGGAUCACAGGAACCCUCAAGUUCCUCUGUGAAUGGGGAACCGAAGGGUUCAUUGAUUGAAGUGGAUGGAGCUGAGACAGACCCAGAUUCUUCUGUGCAAGGUGUUCAUGAAAAAUCUGCUGAAAAAGAAGCUGUGCAGCAAGAGAAGGCUGGAAUUUCUGACGAGUACAAGGAGGUGCCAGAAGAAGGAAAUGAGAAAUUCAAACCAGAAGCUCAACAAGAUAAUGUUGAAUCAGACGGUAAUGAUGACGACGAUGAUGACGAUGAGGAUGAAGAUGACAAUGAGGAGAAUGGAGUGGGAAAUGCACAGGAUAAGGAAGAAGAGGAUGUUGGGAAUUUACAGUUGGCAUGGGAGAUGCUGGAGAUUGCCAAAGUCAUCUAUAGGAGGAAGGAAGGCAAAGAAGACCAGUUGAUGGCAGCCCAGGCGUAUCUGAGACUUGGAGAAGUUAGUGCUGAAUCAGGUAACUAUCCCCAGGCUCUAGAAGACUUCCAGGAGUGUCUUGCCCUGCAGCUCAAACACUUGCCUCCCCACAGUCGUCUACUUGCUGAGACUCACUACCAUGUUGCUACAACACUUUGCUACAUGGAUCAGUACAGCCAGGCCAACCAGCACUACAACAGCUCCAUAAAAGUAAUUGAAACCCGUUUAGCUAUGCUGCAGGAGAUUAUAGAUGCAGCAGAAGGACCCGAUGGUGCAACAGAAGAGAGGAAUGAGAUGGAAGAGCUGAAGCUGCUUUUGCCUGACAUCAGGGAAAAGGUGGAGGAUGCCAAGGAAAGCCAGAGAACAGCCAGUGCUGCCUCACAGGCUAUCCAGCAGACACUAGGUGGUGCCUCAACUUCAACAUUCCUAUGUGAAAAUGGUGGCCCUUCAUCAUCAAAAGCAUCAUUGCAAACAACGAGCCAGAUUCCAGUUAAAGCAUGUGACAGCGCCUCAUCUUCCAAAGCAGUGUCGGACAUCUCUCACUUAGUCAGGAAAAAGAGGAAACCAGAAGAGGAGAGCCCAGUAAAGGACACAGAUGCUAAACAAGCAAAACAGGAAACCACAGUUAAUGGCAGCGGUGACUCUAGUGCCAGCAACAGCAAUGAAGUCCAGGAGGGAAAAUCGCAAGAGCCUGCCACCCAGUCAGCCUCUGCUGAGUCCUCGUCGUGACUGACUUAAUUUCCUGAAACCAGCACAGCAUGCCUGUCCGGAGCAUCACCACAUCUUUUGUUUCUGUAAAUAAUAUCAAUUUUUCUCAUUUUCUGUUAAGUUUUGUAUACUUGUAGUAAAAAAUAAAAGAAUUUGCAGA